UUUCCCCAAACCUUCUUCCAACCACAUCCAAGCUUCGCACGUAUUUCAAACAAUCAUGUCUCGAUUCCCAAAACCUUCACCGGAGUCUCUCACUCCAGAACAGCAAGACCUGGAGGCUAGAGUGUUCGAUUUCGAGUUCAGCAAGAUCCCUGGGCUAGUCUGGAAAGAUGAAAACGACUCAUUGAUGGGCCCGUAUGCGUCUCUCUACUAUACCCCCGAAUUGAUAGACUCCUGGUUUAACCUCGCAAACGCAUUUGUAUUCCAGAAAUGCUUCACCAUGAAGGAGCGCGAGCUCGGCUGUCUCGCCGUGCUUGCAGCUUGCGACUGCCCGUUUGUGCUCUAUGCUCAUUCGCAGAUUGCGCGAAAAGUAGGGUUCUCGGAACUACAGAUCAAGCAGGCCGUGAGUGGCAAGUGUCCGGACGGCCUAGAGGAACCAGAGGCUGUUGUGUACAAACUAGCUCUGAAGUUGGCCAAGUCUCGAGCACCACUACCGGAUGAAGACUUCCAAGCUGCGGAGAGCGUACUUGGGAAGGGAAAGGUGGCGAGCGUCGGUCAUUUGGUUGCAGCAUAUAUCUAUGUCACGAUGAUGACGAAUAUAGGGAGCGCAGGUUCUGUUCCCGCACUGAAGGAUGGCCAAUUCUUAGCCAAGAAAGACAUAACAAGCGAGUAGCCUCCGUUAUGAUGCAGAAUUCUUGGAUCGCUGGGUUUGUGCUAGAUAUGUUGCAGUUAUGUUGAUAGUCCUGUCCCCCAGCAAAUCGAAUACCGGGAUAUCUACCUCAAAGUUUUUCAG